AUUAGAACGUUCUUUAUCUAUAUGUUCGAUAUUUUUGGAUAUAUUAAUAUAAUACAUACGUCUGUGAUGGCUUUUCAAAUGGUUCAGAUGCUUUUCUUCCGACUGGUUGUUUCGUAAUGGCGGUUCACCACAUGCGGUGAUGUGGCGAUGCCUGGAGAUAUCAUAAAGGACAUUUCAACACAUAAUACCAAGGAUAAAAUAAUAUUAGGUCCAGGACUUCGUCGCGACGGCGAAGUCAUUGUUGCCAGUAAAGCUGGCGUUUUACGAAAAGGUCAAUCUGCCACUUACUACAUUGACAGUUACCAGAAAAGGUACAUUCCAAACCGAGGUGAAAAUGUUGUGGGUAUAGUAACUCAAAAGGUUGGAGACAUUUUUAAAGUUGACAUAGCAGCCAGCGAACAAGCAGGCCUUUCUUAUAUGGCUUUUGAAGGUGCCAGUAAAAGAAAUCGACCUGAUGUUCAAGUUGGUGAUGUAGUCUUUGCAAAGCUGUUGGUUGCAAGUAAAGAUAUGGAACCUGAACUAGUUUGCGUAGAUUCUCUUGGAAAGAAAGGAAAAUUAGGUGUAUUGAGUUCAGAUGGCAUGUUAUUUACAUGUUCUUUUAGUCUCGUAAGGAAAAUUCUCAAUCCUGAGUGUCCAUUAUUUAAAAUGUUGGGAAAGGAGCAAGCAUAUGAUCUUGCAGUUGGUAUGAAUGGGAGAGUCUGGAUAAAGGCAAGAUCGGUUCAUGAAACAAUAGCAGUUGCUAAUGCAAUUCUUGCUGCAGAAUACACAGCGCUAUCAGAAAUGAACUCUUUAUGUAAUCGUAUAGCAAAAAUGUUACUACAGCAGAGAUAACAAUAGAUGCUCUAUGAUAUUCCAAAGAAUUAUGUGUGUUUAU